UAAAAAAACAUUCACUUCACAAGAAAAUACAAGUCGCGUAGGUGGUGACUCUGGUUUAAUUAAACUAUCGGGAAACCACAUUUAGAGUAGUUUAAAUUUAGAUUAUUUAUUGUUCAAUACAUUUUAAAACAAAAUUUAAUUUAUGGAGGUAACGAAAGAAUUUUUUGAAAAUUUAGAUGCAUUUGUUGAUCAGUAUGGAGAUCCUAGAACCAAUGAUUGGCCUAUGGUUCAAGGAAUCACGACAACAUUAGCAUGUGUUUUGGUUUAUUUAUACAUCGUCUUAUAUUUAGGGCCAAAAUUUAUGGAAAAUAGAAAGCCGUUUAAGAUACUAUCAAUUAUUAAAAUUUAUAAUUUAAUUCAACUAGUAGCAUGUAUAUAUAUUUUUUACAUGAUUUUGAUAUCUGGGUGGACAACUAAAUAUUCUCUAGGAUGUGAACCUGUCGACUUUAAUGCACCACAUUCAAAUCGAUUGGCAAAACUUUUUUGGUGGACAUACAUGUUAAAGUUCGUUGAAUUUGUUGAAACUGCAUUUUUCAUACUACGCAAAAAAACAAAACAAGUUUCUGGACUUCAUAUUUAUCACCAUGGAUCCACAUUUGUUCUAGCAUGGGCUGCAGUGAAAUUCUUCCCAGGUGGUAUGGCUUCAUUUCCAAUUUUGGUAAAUUCUGUAGUACAUAUUAUAAUGUAUAGUUACUACCAAAUUUCAACAAUGGGACCACAAUGUCAUAAAUAUGCAUCAAAAUUUAAAAAAUAUGUUACAAUUAUCCAAUUGAUUCAGUUUGUAAUUUUGGUGGUUCAUACAUUACAAGUUAUGUCAUCAAGUUGUUCCAUGCCUAAUUUUUAUCUAUAUGGAAUGCUGCCAGAUAUCAUAGUAUUAUUUUAUUUAUUUUAUAAAUUUUAUAGAAAUACAUAUGAUACUAAAAAAAAAAAUCUAGAUCAUAAAUUUGGAGAAAAAAUCAAAUGAAAACAUAGUAUAGUAGCUUGUAAAGUGAAUACCUAUUAAAAUAAUAUGGACAUGUUUUAUGUAAUUAAAAAAUGAGUAAACAUUUGAAUAAAUCUAAAA